AUGCCUUGUAUAUUAAAAGUUAAAAUUGUAGAGGCCAGAGAUCUCCCAAUUAUGGAUCGGAGUUCUGCUUUGGCCGAUGCUUAUGUAGAGAUAAGGUGUGGUUCGAAUGAAACCCAAAAAACAGAUAUUCAAAAGAAAACAUUAAAUCCAAUUUGGAAUCAAGAUUUUAGGUUCGAUUUUUUAAACGAUUUAGAAAUUCAAGAUAAACCAUUAGAUAUUAGGGUUUGGGAUUAUGAUUUAGUAUCAAAGAAUGAUAUGAUUGGUUCAGUAUUGAUUGAUUUAAAUGGUUUAUUGGAUGGAGAAACACCAACUUCACAAUUAUCAGGAUGGUUUCCAAUUUAUGAUACACUUCGAGGUAUUAGAGGUGAGUUAUCGGUUGUAGUAAAGUUAGAAAAAUUUAAAAAUGAUAAUCCUUUCAAAGAAUCAUCCGAUGGUAUUCAAUUUUUUUCAAGUUCAACACCAUUUUCGAAUUAUAGAAUUAAUACUAUUCAUUCCUUUGUUGAAGAGUUAAUCGUUGAAAAUGAUCCAGAGUACCAUUGGACUGAUACUUUUCGUGCAUCAAGAUUAUCAAAUUUCGAAAGACAAUUUUUAUUAUACACUUUAUCAGGUAAAUUGCGUAGACAAAUGGGUAAAAAGGUAGUUGAUAUGGGUGGUAAUGCAGUAUUGGGUUAUAAACAGCAUUUUGAUUUAGAAGGUGAUUCAGGUAUCGUUGCAAGAGGUUAUGGUACUGCUGUUACAUUAAGAAAAGUUACAGAGGCAGAUUUAGUUUAUUCACCAAAACAUUUUUCAUCAAAUGAGUCUUCAAUCGAUUCAUCAUCAGACUCUUCAUCAUCAGACUCCUCAUCAGAUUCAUCAUCAUCAGAUUCAAAAAAUAGUUAUGAUUUAAGCUCAUCAUCUUCUUCAUCAUCAUCAACUAAUAGUAUUGUAAAUAAAACCAGAAGAAAACGUAGAGAUAAAAUAUUAACAUUACAUGCUGAUGUUCAGCUUUUAACAUUACAGUCGUUUCAAUCAAAUGUCGUUGUUCAUAUUGGUGGUGUAGUUGCAACCAAAUCAGUUAAAAUUUUAAAGAAAUCAAAUACUCAAGAUGUCAGAGAUCAAUAUUGGACCGAGAUUCGUAAUGAAAUUAAAAGCCAUGCAAAAUCAUUGGGUUGUAAUUAUAUUAUUGGUUAUUCAGAAACUACGACAAUUCAACAAGAUGAAGAUCUUUGUAUAUUCAGUGCUACUGGUACUGCUGCAAUCUUAGAUUUAUUGGAUAAGAGUGAUACCAUUCAAAUGGGUACAAGUGGUGGUAUAUACGAUUCCAAAAAGAGUUUAUUAGCAUUUGGUAAUAAAAGACGUAAGGCUAGAUCAGGAUGUAAUAUUUGUCAUAUUCCAUUUAAACAAUCUGAAGAGAGCAAUACUGUAAAAUGUGCAGUUUGUAGAAAGAAAUACGUACCAGAGGUUUUACUUGCAACUAUCGAACCUCCACCAGGUAUUCCAAUUACUGGGGUUGGCUCAUUAAUUCAAGCUAGAGCCUGUAAAUUAAAAAAGAAAUCCCAAGGCGAAGAAUCUAGUGCUUUUCAAUUAUCAGAAACAAUUCCAUUUGUCGAGUAUGAUCUCCACAAUCAAAUUAUGUAUAAAUUAAAACUUUUAGGUAUGAAUGCAGCUUUUAAUUUAAAAACUCAAAUUACCUUUAGUGAUACCCUUGUAAUUGGUAUUGCCACAGCCACUGCUGUUUUUCUUACACCACUACCAUCACCACCAAUCCUAAAAAUUUCUCGUAAUCUUGAAAUUACUGAUGACAAGUCUCGUCGUAUUCAUGAUUUACAAGCUAAAAUUGAAAGAAAAAGUUUACAUAAUCACAAUAAAAAUGCCACAUCAUCCAAUAUUCCAAUACCUUCAAGUCAGUUACUCUCUACUCCAAAUUCAAAUAAAACUGUAAUUAAAAGACAUCAAAAUCACCAACAUCAACAACUCGAUACAAGUUCUGGAGAAUCUGAUAUUUUUACUCAAUAUCAACCAGAUAACAUUAAUGAACUUUCCACAGCCUAUAUUUUGGAAAUUGAUGAUAACUUGGACGAAGACAAAAUGAAAACUCUUAUUGAUUUCGAAAUACUAGAUGGUUUUUCACUUUGUAAUAGCGAUACAUUACCAGGUCAAACCAAGCCAACAACCAAUGUUCAACUAAUCACAGCAAUUAGAAGAGUAGAAUUCGAUGUAGUAGAUCCAAAUAGUGUAAAUACCCAACUUUCAAAUAUAUUUAAUAGUCUUUAUGAAAGUGUUAUGUACAAACUGCGUGAACUUUCACCUUGUUGCAUUAGUGGCAUCAAUAUGGACAUUGAAAUACCCGAAGAUGACCAAAUUCAAUUUGUUUUGACCGCUAUGUGCACAAUUCAAAUGGAUGAUGUCGAAACAAGCUUUAUUUCAACACCAUUGAUGGACAAUAAUCCUGGAAGUGUUAAUCCAUUACUACCACCACCCAUGAACUUAUCUUCAAACAAGUUUGUUGGUAAUACAUUACCUCCUUUAAAUUCUAUCAAUGAAUUAUCAUCAAAUGUGGCUCCUAUAGCAUUAAAACAACCACCACCAACAUUACCAUCACAAUCACAACUACAACCACCGCAAACCCAAAAUCAACAAUUAUCUCCAUCGGCUAUUCCUGCUGAUUUACAAUUCGAUAUGUCUCCACCAAAAUCCCCAAUGAAAAAAACAACAGAUUCAAUUAAUUCAUUUUUUGGCAAUAAACAGGGUUAUGUCGAACUUACACCACUAUUCCAUUUACCUGGAGGCAGAUUAGAAAAAUAUUUAGGACGUAUUAGCAUUCAUUUAAUCAAAGAAACUUUUAGUGUAAAAGACCAAGGUGGUUUAGGUGUAUUCAGUCAUGUCUUUUUAAGAGAAGCCAAUGCUAUUGUAAGAUCCCAUGUUCUCGCAAUGGGUGGUAAUGCAUUAAUUGGUUAUCAUAUUGAUGAAUUCAAUUUAAUCUUAGAGAAUGGUCCAAAAGGUCAAGCAUACUCAUUAAUUUCAAUUAGUGGUGAUGCUUAUAAUUCAAAAAAUCAAUUAUUUAACAAUAUAAAUAACAAUAGUAAUAAUAAUAUUAAAAUAUCACAUCAUAAUAGUGGCCAUCAUAAUUUAAACUACUACCAUAAUAAUCAUUAA